AGGUAACCGACACGAUUGUCUCCCCGGCCGGAGGGUAACGGAGAUGCAGCUGUCUGCAGGUGUCCAAACGGCGCGGGUGCUGAGGUACGCAACCGUAUGCCUGCUGCUCUUCCCCCGCUUUUUGCUCGCGGCCUUGAUGCUGUGGCUUCUCGACUUCCUCUGCAUCAGACGGAAGGUCCUGAUGAAUGUGAGGGAGCAGGAGACAAAUGCCGACGAUCCCCCAGUGUGCGUGUCCGACUCGAACAAAAUGUUUACAUUGGAGUCGCUCCGCGCCGUCUGGUACGGCCAAAAAUUGGACCUUUUCAAAUCAGCCCACCUGGGAUAUAGCGCGCCGAACACUGAAGUAGUUCAGCUUCACCCGCGCAAGCGAACGCGCAUUCUGGACUACGCGCGGGGACGCAGACCACUCAUUCUAAACUUCGGCAGCUGCUCCUGACCGCCGUUCAUGACGCGUCUGUCAGCCUUCCAACGGGUCGUCAGUCAGUACGCGGACAUUGCAGACUCUCUGCUUGUAUAUAUCGAGGAGGCACAUCCGUCAGAUGGAUGGGUGAGCACCGAUGCUCCGUACCAGAUUCCCAAGCACCAGAGUCUGGAUGACAGACUGAAAGCCGCAAAGCUUAUGCAUCUGGAGACUCCUGCCAUCGUCGUGGUGGUGGAUACCAUGGAGAAUACCUCCAAUGCAGCUUACGGUGCAUAUUUUGAGAGACUUUAUAUCCUCAAGGAUGAAAAGGUUGUUUUUCAGGGAGGUAGAGGUCCGGAGGGAUACCGGAUCUCGGAACUGAAAGAUUGGCUCGAGCAAUACCGGAACACCCUUGAUAAUUCCAGAACUGUGGUUGUUCACGUUUAAUGUGAAUUUAAAUCGUUAUUUAAUCUACGUUCAAAAGAAUGGUGCAUCAGAGAAAAUAUGAAUUUAGGGCCGCCAAGCUGCUAUGACUGGUGAACAACAUAUUUUGUUUUGUUUAAAAGUCUUGUGGAAGUUGUGUUCUAUUUAGAGUGGUAACGCGAACGCAUGAUAAGCUGUUGUGAUUGUGUUGCCCUUGUUCGUUAUGUUAAAAAAAAAUGUCCCUAUGUUUACAGUGCGUGGAAAUUAAUAUUUCCUCAUUGUUUGCACCCGCAGUUUAUUGAUCCCCUGAUUGUAUUUUAUUUUUAUAUUCUGUAUGUUUGUAUGUAUGUAUGUGAGAGUGGGCGCCCUUUUCUGUUGCCAUGAGCCUGAGUCGGAGUGCUCUUGUGUUGUUGUGAAGUUCGGUUUUUAAAAGGUUUCUCACCAGAAAACCGAUACUGAUGGAUUUAAACACUUGAGAACUCGGUGAUCAGCCAUUGUCAACAUGAUCAAUUGCCAAACAAUGUUUUGUAAAUUAUGUCUAUUUUGCCGAUCAGAAAAUUAGCCUAUUUUUAAAUAAAUGGUAGAAUUGACAAGGCUGCCUGAACAGUCGCUCAUAUGUCACA